CACGUGCAAGUUUCACCUUGUCAGCGCGAAUGCCAUGUUUUUUUUGCGCCGCUACGUGCUGCACAUGCUGGUUCUGUUUUGUUUGGGGUGUUUUGCUAUCUGGAGCACCACGGCACCUUUGAGGAGACAAAAAAAUGACCCAGAACCAAAUGAGGUACCCCAUGAUAUCGCCAAUGCCGGGGCAGACAUCGCCAGUGUCGUAAAUGUCGCUCGGCCAAGGCACGGCUCAGGCUUGCGUCUGUUUUUUUUGUUUUGGUUGGUAGACCUUGCGGCGACUCCCGACAAUCUCUUUGCCUUGGACCUGGCUGCAGAACUUGUUGCUUUGGGACAUGUGGUCGUCGUGGAGAGCGCCGCCAGUGGAGAACUCCGAGAACUUCGCGGUCAAAGUGUUUACCGUGGACACCGGCAGGCCGAAACCAAAUUCAGAGUGAAGGUGAACCCAGCUCUUGCAGAGGUGCUGGAGAGAGAAAAUAUAAUUUCAGAUGUUUGGAAAAUUGCUUCUGCAUCUUUCAAUGGAAACGACCCGCAUAUCAUUUUGUGUUUCUCGACGCUAUGGGAGAAGGUUGGUUUGCGCUUGCCUCAUGAUGGACUGCGACGAUCUCGGUCUCGUUUGGUGUGGUAUUACUACCCGCCUGUAGACUCCAGAGGCCGAGAGAAAGACGACGUCCAGGAUGUGCGGCAAAUCAGCUUGGCAAUGGCAAAUUUUGAUGCCGUCUUUUUCACCUCCGAUGCGGCUCGCCAGGAGUGGGCUAAAGACAGUGGGAAAUACCUGACGUUCCGGCCAUUUCUGCGCACUGCCGAGACUUCGUCAAGAUUUUCCACCCAAGUAUCAAAAGAUCGCGAUGAAAUCAGAUCUGCUCAUAGGAUCUCGUUGGAUGGGUUUUUGGUCACGAUUGUAGCCAGGCCUUGGAGCAGCAAAAGGGAGGUCGAUCUCUCAUCACCAACGCUGGUUGAAAUAAUGAAAACUAGAUUUGGGCAUGACUGGCUGAUAGUGCUGUACGGGGACGAGCCAGUGCAGGAGAUGCAACAGGGAUCAACGCUGUCUACAAACAUUAUACGGAUCUCGGAUUGGAGGGAGCUUCUGCGAUACAUAGCUGUAGCCGAUUUGCAUAUCAGCCUGUCUUUGCCAGACUUUGCAUUUGAGGCGAUUCAUGCCAGAUCCUUUGCUGUUCCUGUGCUGACCAUUUCGUCUGAGCUGGCUUUUCGAAAUUCCCAUGACUGUUUUAUUAUGAAGACUGUGAAGCAAGCAACGCUUGAAGGCAAGUUGAAUAAAAUCAUCAACAAGCCCGCUGGGGUGCUGUAUCAAGUUGGUGAGGCAGGCAGACAAGCAGUUCUUCCCGGAUUCGUGGGUUCUGCUGUAACAACUCGAGUAUCACACCUGGUGGACCGGCUGAACAACUUGCUACUCUCUCCAAGGGGAACUUCCAAAAAGCGCAUUGGUAUUUUCGUUCAGCUCCAAAAUCCAACUACGGAAUUUGAAUUGCUUUGGCCAUGUAUUCUGAAUGUGCUAGAAUCACAGGGUAGAAGUAGCGUUGAUGUGGUCAUGACGACGCCUCAGGAGGUCUCAAGUCUGCAGGCCGCCGUUGCAAGAAUUAGGUCUCGCAGGGAAGUGUUUUACGUCAUCGCCUCUCACUGUGAAGAUAGAGGCGCUGAUGCUGGAAUAUUUUUUCAACAGCUCCUCCUUAGCCAGGAGCUAUCGAUCAGUCCUUCCAUCAUCCUUAAAGUGCUUUGGAAUUGGCGCAGUGAUUGGGGAAGCCACACCAUGAAGACUAUGUGCGGCAGUGUUUCGGCAGCAAGGAGGAUGAUUGGUUCGUUGAUUUCUGACGCUACGUCGGGCAUGAUUGGCCCUGCAAGAUUGACUUGGAACGUGAAGAAUCAAGGAGAUCAUGGGGCUUUAGACUACUUUGGUCGAAGCGAGAGCGCUCGACUUGGAAUGAUGUUUUCAUGGUCAUCAAUGAGCACCUCAGAGUUCCCUGCAGAGAAGCACUUGUGGAUCGUGACUGGAGGCUGCUAUUGGGUCAGGAUGGACAUCCCCUGGUGGGAAGACUUCGUCUUUCCUGUUGUGACCAGGCUAUUGGUGAAUCUGGGUCCGCACGACGCUGCCUGCGUCUCUGCAUCAUGUCAAAUAGUUUCGGCUGUGCAAUGGCUGAUCCCAUCAUUUAUCUCUAGCCAUGGCAACAAGGUUGUUUCAAGAAAGUCUGAGUAGACAAGCGGAACCAGCGUUGCUUCCAAAAUCAUAUGGCUGACAGGGGCGCGGAUUCACGCAGGGAGAAAGGCAAAGGUUUGCAUGGCAAAAA